AUGAGUUUAAGAUCAGCUUCGCUGAAGGUCAGUAAAAGGACCUUAUUAAGAGCAACUGUGACUCGUUCCAGUCUAUAUAAUGGAUACCGUUACUUGUCAUCAUCCCAAGUUACGCGCAAGCCAUCCAAUGAGCCAAUAUUAGAUCCAAAGUCUAAAGCCCAAUCUAUUAUUGAUGCUCUUCCAGGUAAUAGUGCCUUAGCUAAGACUGGUGUGUUGGGUACUUCUGCUGCUGCUUUAGUUUACGCUAUUUCUAACGAAUUAUACGUUAUAAAUCCAGAAAGUAUUUUAUUGGCAUCUUUCUUGGCAGCUGGUGCUUUAUUAGCUAAAUAUGUGGCACCUGCAUACAAUAGUUUUGCCGAGUCCAGAGUUAAGAAAGUUUCUGAUGUGUUAAAUGCAUCCAGGCAAAAGCAUAUUGAUGCUGUCAAGGAUAGAAUUAACUCUGUCUCUACUUUACAAAACGUUUCUGAAACAACUAAAGUUCUUUUUGAUGUCUCUAAAGAAACUGUUGAAUUGGAAGCAAGAGCAUUUGAAUUGAAACAAAAGGCUGAUUUAGCUCACCAAGCUAGGUCUGUUUUAGAUUCAUGGGUCAGAUAUGAAGAUUCUUUGCGUAAGCUAGAACAAAAGCAAAUUGUUGAAUCUAUUAUUAAGAAUGUCGAAAAGGAACUAAAAGAUCCAAGGUUUCAAGAUAAGGUUUUACAACAAGCUGUUACUGAUGCUGAAAAGAUUUUAUCCAAUUUAAAAUAG